CCGAAUAGUCAUUGUCGACGUGAUGUCAAUGAAAGCGAUGGCAGGUUGUUGGAGACCGGCAAAAUUUUUGGAGAAUAUGAUGCACCUUUUAGUUAUUCAAUGUUUAUUUUUAAUCUUAGUAGUUCAAUUGUACCCUGCAAGUAGUGCGCCUGAAAUAACGAGGCCUAGAGGAGUGUCUAUUUCAAAAGCCUCUAUGUAUGAUCCUGAAAAGGACUUCAAAUGUUUUGAUGGGAGCAGAACACUGCCUUUCUCUCUUGUGAACGAUGACUAUUGUGACUGCCCUGAUGCAUCCGAUGAGCCUGGCACAUCUGCCUGUCCAUCAGGCAUCUUUCAUUGCACCAAUGCAGGACAUUUUCCUCUCAAUAUUCCAUCAUCUCGUGUAAAUGAUGGCAUAUGCGAUUGCUGUGAUGGCACUGAUGAAUACGCCAGCUCAGCAGGAUGUGAGAACACUUGUCUUGAACAGGGCAGAUCAGCCCGAGCUGCUGCUUUGCGACGUGCUGAGUUGUCAAAGCAAGGAAAUGAGUUGAGACUUCAGCUUAUUAGACAAGGAAAACAACAAAAGGCUGAUAAGAAGAUUAGGUUAGAACAGCUGCAGAGAGACCGUGAAGAAGCAGCACGUAUUAAACAAGAAAAAGAGUCAUUGAAGAGCACAGCUGAGGAAUUGGAGAAGGCAGCUUUAGAGAAAUAUCGGCAGGCUGCUGAAGAGGAAAGAGCAAAGCAAUCAUCAUCUGCCCAGGAAGAACAAGAGGCCUUUGAACAAUUCCAAAGACUGGACUCCGACCAUGAUGGCUUUAUCCGAAUCAGUGAUUUACAAACAAGGCAAACUUUCGAUAAGGAUAAGAAUGGUGAGGUUUCAGAGGAGGAAGCUUUGUAUUUUAUUGAACAUGAUGAGCUAGAUUGGAGCACUUUUUAUGCAGAAGCAUGGCCGAAGAUGAAACCUUAUUUAAUGAUGGAAAAGGGGCUAUUCACUCCACCAUCAACCCCACCUCCCAGUAUUGAUGCUCCAGGUGAAAAUGCUGAGGAGUUCCCUGCUGAUAAUGGUGAAGAAGAUGAGGAAGAGGAAGAGGAAAAUCCAGAAAAUUCAGAAGCCACUGAUGUACCUGAUGUGGAGGGUGAGGCAACUGAAGUGACAGAGGAGCCUCCUCAGUAUGAUGAAAACACCCAAAACCUUAUUGAAGAGGCUCGCAAGGCAAGAACGGAGUAUGAUGAAGCUGAUCGUUCUCUGAGAGAUGUUGACCGUGAAAUCCGUGACAUCGAAGAUGGUUUAGGGAAAGACUUUGGUGAAGAAGAAGAAUUUGUGACUUUGCAAGGACAGUGUUUUGAAUUUACAGACAGAGAGUACACUUACAGGAUGUGUCCAUUUGAUCAGGUUACUCAAACUCCUAAAAAUGGAGGUGCAGGCACCAGAUUAGGAUCUUGGGGAAGGUGGACUGGAAAUCCUAAAUAUAGUACAAUGCUGUUUGAAAAUGGACAAGGCUGUUGGAAUGGACCUCAGCGAACUGCCACAGUCAAUCUAGUCUGUGGACUUGAAAACCAACUUACCUCAGCUAGUGAACCAAAUCGUUGUGAAUACUUGUUUGAAUUCUCCACUCCUGCUGUGUGCACUGCAGAAUCAUCAGAUGGAAACCCUCAUGAUGAACUCUAACAAGCAAACACAAGUAACGUCUCACAGGGUGUUUAAAGUAAGAUAAUUGAAUCAAUUCAGUGUGUGUUGCAGAUUUAUUUCUCAGGUCAGUUGUAAUGAAGUUUAAUAAGUUAGGUUCUAUUUUUUAAUUUAACAAUUGAAAAUACUGUACAAAUGUAAAAAGUUAUUGGUUAAUGUGCUUCACAUGUAAAGAACAAAAAAUUGAGAAGUUGCUCACUGUUUGCAAUUUUCUAAAACAUACGAGACAAUUACAUUAUUAAAUUGAUUGGCUCAUGCAAGCUUUGCUAGUUGAGGCAGGAAGGUAACUGUGAUUUGUGGUGUUAGUGAGGGGCCAUGCACUUAUUGUUGUAUCUAUCCUGUUUUGGAGUACCUAGGUGAAUAACAAGUGGAAGAAUUUUCCCUCUUGCACAAAGUAAUGUCUGGUCUAUUAAUUGGGACUGUGACAAUUUUUUUUUUAAUUUUUUUUUUCCUUUUUAAUGUGCUACACAAUUGGUAUUUUUGAUCAAAUCUGUAUAUUGUAUUAUGGAUUGUUUUCAACUAUUUACAAUUGUGUGGGCACAUUUUACCAAGGAAUAGUAGGUAGCAUAGCAUUUCAAUAGUCCAUUUUAGUUGGGGGAUGUGAUAUGGUUUGCUUGUUUACCACAAAAUCAGUAUUGAUUUAUAAAUACAACCAGUGGUGUUCUUCAGUGUUUCUGAGUAAAGACCCAAAUUUAGUAAAUUUGAAGCAUCCUGUGUCAUGUAAUGUGAUGCUUUCGUAAUAACUAGGUGUGAAAAAAGAAUCAGGAACAAAGAAUUCUACAGUAUCAGUGUCAUUCCAAACUGAUAUUAUGUAGGCAUUUAUCUUCUUAACUAUGUUAUUUUUUAUUUUGUUUUUAGCAGGACAUUCCAAAAAGGGUUUUAUUUUAAUAAUAAUUUGUACCGUCAAAUGUGAAAAGUCUGAGGCUCCAGAAAUAAAUUGUCACUAAAAAUUG